CCAGCAUUUGCCGCGAGUUAUUGGCAAGUUCCCCUGCAGUUGUUUGGGCUGUCGCUGUGGCUGGUUUUGCGGUGUGCGGCCAGCCGUGGAGCGCUCUGGGCCCAGCGAAGUGACAGGCUCAGACGCAUCGGGACCGGACCCGCAGCUUGCGGUCACCAUGGGCUUCACGGGGUUCGGUAAAAAAGCUCGCACAUUUGACUUGGAAGCAAUGUUUGAACAAACUCGAAGAACCGCUGUGGAAAGAAGUCACAAAACACUGGGGCUGGUGAAUUACCAGAUCUCCGUCAAGUGCAGUAACCAGUUCAAGUUGGAAGUGUGUCUUUUGAAUGCAGAAAACAAAGUUGUGGACAACCAGGCUGGGACCCAGGGCCAACUGAAGGUGCUGGGUGCCAACCUCUGGUGGCUGUACCUGAUGCACGAACACCCCGCCUACCUGUACUCGUGGGAGGAUGGUGAUUGCUCACACCAAAGCCUUGGACCCCUCCCAGCCUGUGACCUUUGUGACCAACUCCACCUACGCAGCAGACAAGGGGGCUCUGUAUGUGGAUGUGAUCCGUGUGAACAGCUACUACUCUUGGUAUCACAGCUAUGGGCACCUGGAGUUGAUUCAGCUGCAGCUGGCCACCCAGUUUGAGAACUGGUGUAAGACAUCACAAUCCCAUUAUUCAGAGCGCAUAUGGAGUGGAAACGCUUGUAGGGUUUCACCAGAUGGAGUCUCACUCUGUCACCCAGGCUGAAGCGCAAUGGUGUGAUCUCAGCUCACUGCAACCUCCACAUCCUGGGCUCAAGCGAUUGUCCUGCCUCAGUCUCCCAAGUAGCUGGGAUUACAGGCACCCGCCACCAUGCCCAGCUAAUUUUUGUAUUUUUGUAGAGGUGGGGUUUUGCCAUGUUGGCCAGGUUGGUCUUGAGCUCCUGACGUCAAGUGAUUUGCCUGCUUCAGCGUCCCAAAAUCCUGGGAUUACAGGCCUGAGCCACCAUGCCUGGCCUGUCCUCAUUUGUUUAUCCAUCUCAUUUUUUGUCCUUCUCACCAAAGAUAUGCUGCUUUGUCUUGUGGGGUUUUUUUCAUGUGGAUUCCUGAACCCCAUCCAGCCCCUUGUCCCCUCCCCAGCCAGCUCACACUCUUUUGUCACAGCUCCUGGGACUCCCGUUGACGCACAGGGAACAGCCACCCACAGUGGACUGCACUGUUCUGUUUGCACCCUUAAAUUUAUCGUGCUUACAGAAUGACACUUCUGCAAACUAGUCAAGUAGGGGGAAAUGGUUUGUGGAUAUGCACCCUUGUUCAUUCUCUUUGAAAAGGUAACCAGCUCUGAAUUCUUUCUCCUUUGAGGAGGAGUUUCACUUGUCACCCAGGCUGGAGUGUAGUGGUGCAAUCUUGACUCACUGCUACCUCCGCCUCCCAGGUUCAAGCAAUUCUCCUGCAUCAGCCUCCCAAGUAGCUUGGAUUACAGGCAUGCACCACCAUGCUCACCUAAUUUUUUUUUUUUUUUUUUAGUAGAGAUGAGGUUUCACCAUGUUGUUCAGGCUGGUCUUGAACUUUUGACCUCAAGCGAUCCACCUGCCUUGGCCUCCCAAAGUGCUGGAAUUACAGGCAUGAGCCACCAUGCCCAGCCCCAGUUCUGAAUUCUUAAGAAACUCGAGAGGGUCUAGGUGAGCAUUGAUAGAACCUCUGCAGUGCUGGGUGUGGUGGCUCACACCUGGAAUGCUAGCCCUUUGGGAGACCGAGGUCAGAGGAUCUCUUGAGCCCAGGAGUUUGAGACCAGUCUGCACAACAGUUUGAAAUGUCAAUUAUCCCAAUAAAUGAAAGUUAAGUGGUUUAUAAUAUCAUUAUAUUCCUCCUACAAACGUGUUUUAAGCAAUAAGGAAAACAAUGUACUAUAUGAGAUUUUUUUCAAAAACAGAAUGCACAUUUGCACAUUUUGAAUUUACACAAACUUAUACUGAGGAAAGUGUGACAAAAUAUUUUAAUUAUUUUAAUUUGUCAUUCAAAUUUUCAUUUUAAGAUAUAUGGAUUUAGGAUUUAUUUUAUUUUAUUUUUUAGCAUUCAUCAGUACAUUUUAUGUAUUUUUUUAACCUUUAAGUUCAGGGUUACAUGUGCAGGUUUGUUAUAUAGGUAAACUUGUGUAAUGGGGGUUUGUUGUACAGAUCAUUUCAUCACCCAGAUAUUAAACCUAGUACCCAUUAGUUAUUUUUCCUGACUCUCUCCCUCCUCCCACCCUCCACUUUCCAACAGACCCCAGCGUGUGUUGUUCCCCUCUAUGUAUCCUUGUGUUUUCAUUAUUUAGCUCCCACUUGUAAGUGAGAACAUGCAGUAUUUGGUUUUCUCUUCCUACAUUAGUUUGCUAAGGAUAAUGGCCUCCAGCUCCAUCCAUGUCCCUGCAAAGGAUGUGAUCUCAUUUUUUUAUGACUGGGUAAUAUUUCAUGGUUUAUGUGUAUCCCAUUUUCUUUAUCUACUGAUCACUGAUGGGCAUUAUGUUGAUUCUGUGUCUUUGCUAUUGUGAAUAGGACUGCAAUGAACAUACAAGUGCAUGUGUCUAUAACGGAACAAUUUAUAUUCCUUUGGGUACAUACCUAGUAAUGGGAUUGCUGGGUCGAAUGGUAUUUCUGCCUUUAGGUCUCUGAGGAAUUGCCACAGUGUCUUCCACAAUGGUUGACCUAAGUUACACUCCCACCAAAAGUGUAUAAGCAUUCCUUUUUCUCCACAACAUCGACAGGAUCUAUUAUUUUUUGACUUUUUAAUAAUAGCCAUUCUGACUGCUGUGAGAUUUGCAUUUCUCUAAUGAUUAGUGAUCUUGAGCUUUCUUUUUCAUAUGACUGUUGGCUUCAUGCAUGUCUUCUUUUGAAAAUUAUCUGUUCAUGUCCUUUGUCUACUUUUUAAUGGAGUUGUUUGUCUUUUCUUGUAAAUUUCUUUAAGUUCCUUAUAGAUGCUGGAUAUUAGACCUUUGUUAGAUGCAUAGUUUGCAAAAAUUUUCCCCCAUUCUGUAAGUUGGCUCUGUUGAUUGUUUCUUUUGCUAUUCAUAACCUCUUUAAUCAGAUCCCAUUUGUCAAUUUUUGAUUUUGUUGCAAUUGCUUUCUGCCUUUCAUAGAGAAAUGUAUUAUAUUUGUCAAAUGGGCUAUUAGAAAUAUAGUAUUGGACUUCAGGACAAUGAUUACUGGAGACAAAGUUUUGAGGUUUCUCUGCCAAGAGAUAUGAAGGGAAGUCACAGGAAAAUAAAACAAAGCAAUGUACUACAUAAAGAAAAAGUAGAAAAUGAAUGCAAUCAUUAAUUAUGUUUUUGUUCUAGCCAUGCAUUCAACAAAUGUUUGCUAAAAGCCUUAUUAGGUCUAAGAGAAAUAGCCACGAACAUGAAUAAAACCAUACAGUUGAUUUAAAAUAGUUUUAAUUUACCAGCAAAAAUUGUAUAUAUUUAUGAUGUGUGACAUGACGUCUUGACAUAUGUGUAUAUUAUGGCAUGGUGAAAUUAAGGUAUUUAAUGUUUAUGCAACACCUCACAUGCUUAUUUAUACUUUGAGAAGUAGCAGCAACCUGUCUGAAAAUAAAUAUCUAAAUUAUAAACAGGAAAAUCAACCAGAUUAUUGUUUAUAUUUAUGUAAUAUUAAUACCUUUCCUAAAAUGCCCCUAUAAAGACAUGGGUCCCAGGCACUAAACCAACUAUAGACCCAUAGAAGACAAUCAGUUCUGUUGCCAUCUUUGGUACCUUGAAACUGUUUUUUUGAUACAUGCAGAAACUUCUAAAUUGGGUUUUAUAGAUACUGAAUAGCAGUUCUUCAUCCAUGGGCAACCCACUUAUGCAUUCUUUCGACUGUAUCUGUGGAUCUGACUGUUCAUAAAAAGCUUUUGGCUUUGUCAGAGCAUCAAGUGUUGAUUUAAUAUGAAAUUUCACCCACAAAAUCUACAUAGGAACCAAGGGUUUCAACUUCGUCACACAUGUCAGCCAAGUGAGCCUAGAAGGAGCUGUUCACAGAGAUUUAGAUAGAUAAUUCCAGUUUUUGAAAGGCCAAUGACCAGAACAAUAGUACAAUCCAUUGGCUCCUGACUAGGGAUAUGUUUCAAUAAUUUUAACACUUUAAGAUGCGUAUACAUGCUGUGAAAAUGAUUUUCAAUUCUUUGUUCCCCUACAAGGCUGAUUCGUCAUUUGCAAAGAUCUGGGAAGCAAUAUUAGCAAAGCAAUCCAUGAGCUUGGCAACAUUUCUGAGGAUGACUACAAAGUUCCUAGGAUAUCAAGAGGUAGCAAUAAUGAUCCCUGCCAGUGCUGUACUGGGAGACUAGCCAAUAUCAAGGGAAGUAAUGACAAGUUGUGGAUCCACGCUUUGUCCUAUCCUGCGUGUUCCACAUCUAUUCAUAUUGAAGUUUUCAUUUUCUGGCCACCCCAUUCAUUCCAUUCCAUUGUAGCCUUUCUGGCCACUGUGGUAUCUCUACUUAAAUACCACUUGUAAGUGCAACCAUUCCUGACAAUUCUCUAUUAGUAAGCAAUGUAUCUUUCUUAUUACAUCCUAAUUCUGUCUCUUGCUUUAUUUUUAUCUUUGGUGUUCAUUAUCCUAUGAUAUGUAAUGCAUUUAUACUUUUAAAAAUGUAUUGUCUGUCUUCAACUGGAAUAUAACCUCCUUGAGGAUAUCUUUUUAAUUUUUCAUUAUUAUGAUCCUGGUUUCUAGACCAGCACUUGCAUUAAGUAAGUGCUUAUACUUGUUGAAUACAUGAGUAAGUGAACACAAAAGUUGGGAGGCAUCUUGUUAUCUUAAGACCCCACAUAGCUCAUAACUGAAAUGAUUUUGACACAUUUUAUUAAUCUUAUAAAAAGGCCUGUAAUCCCAGCUCUUUGGGAGGCCGAGAGGAUCGCUUGUUCCCAGGAGUUCAAGACUAGCCUGGGCAACAUAGGAAGACGCCAGCUCUAUCAAAAAUUUAAAUAAUUAGCUGGGUAUGGUGGCAUGUGCCUUUAGUCCCAGCUACUCAGGAGGCUGAGGUGGGAGGAUCACUUAAGUCUAGGAGGUUGUGGCUUCAGUGAGCCAUGAUUGCACCACUUCAGACCAGCCUCGGUGAUAGAAUGAGAUAAUAUCUAAAAAUUUUUUUAAAAAAUUUUAAAGCAACCAUAUUAAGAGGCAUGAUCAUACUAGAUGUGAUAAAUGCUGCUCCUAAAAAUAUAUUAGAAAGUUUCUUUCUAAGUAUUAGUUUUGGUAUUUAGGGGGCUCAAGGAUAAUAGUUUCUGUCUAGUCUUGAGCAUAUUUGUCCCUGAUAACUGGGACUAUACUGUCUAGGAAGCCAUGUAUAUGAUUUUCUAUGUAAUAACACACCCUUUUUUGCAAUAAAAUCAAUAAAGACAGAGCAUCACACAAUUUUUUCACAAUUACUGCGGUUAAUACGGCACAAUGUAAUGAGCAACUUUAGCAUUUGAGUUAGGUUGAGGCCAUCUGUUUAAAGCUCAUCUUAGUGGAUUAUGAUAUCAUACCAGAUAAUUUAAAUAUCCAGGUGGCUCGGAAAACACUAAAUCAAACUUCUGGCCGUAAAAGAGAAAAACAAAUUGCUCUUGAUAUCCAGCAUUAGCAGUGACUCGUAAGAUCACAUAAGCCAAAUCAAUGGCUGCAUACCAAUCAGAAAUUAAAAAUCAUCUUUCAAUGUAGAAAUGUGGUCACAGUUUUCAUCUAAUUGCUGCAACCUUUUUUAAAAUUUAUAAAUAAUUCUAUUUGUAUUCUACAAAUAUUUGCCAGAACCCAUCUGACUUUUGUACCAGCCAAACUGAGACCAUAAUUGGGAUGAUUAUUGGCAUUGUAUAUAACCUACCCCUGUGAUUUCCAUAUUAGAAUUAAAACAUUAUAUGUCUUCCUUAAAAUAUCGCAUUAUAAUUUCAUGAUUAUGAUUUAUAGUGAAGUUCCUGAACUGCUUCUUUUUGUCCUUUUAAGAAUCCUUUCCCUAGAAUUAUAAAAAACAAAUUAUCAGUAGGAGUUGAAGGAAUGGGGAAAGCUUCAUUGCCUUAGUUCUUUAUGUCUAACCUGGACACUUGAUAAAAUUCUGUAGCUUCAACUUCUUUCUCCUCAAGAUUCUUUAUUAUUUAUAUAAUCACUACUUUCAAAAGCUCCUCAAUUUUUGGUAUAUUAAUGUUUCUUAGGGUCAUUUGGACUUGGACAUAGAGUUACAGCUUCUGUGAAAAUAUUUUUAUGUGAUUGUUCUCGAGGAAUAGACAUGAGGAUAAAUCAAAAGAAGGUACAUUUCAUUUUUGUUGUUGUUGCUACUGUUCUUGUUCUGUAGGGAGUGUGUGUGUGUGGUUUGGGGGCCUGGGGAUUGUAAUUAUUCUUGUUUAUGUUGUACAGGCAGAGAUUAACCUUUGUAUUAAGUUGCCUAGGGCUGCUGUAACCAAGUACUACAAACUAGGUGGCUUAAAAAACAUUUUAUUGUCUAGCAGUUCAGGAUACUAGAAGUCCGAAAUCAAAGUAUCUGCAGGGCCAUGCUCACACUGAAACAUGAGGGAAUCUUUUCCUGGCUCUACCUGGCUUCUGGUAGUUGGCUGGCACUAUUUGACAUUCCACAAUUUGUAGAAUCAUCACUCCAAUCCUCAGUCUUCACAGAGCCUGUGUCUCUGCCUUCUUUAAAGACACCAGGCUUCUAGGAUUAGGACACUAGCCUACUUCAACAUGACCUCAUUCUAAUUUAACUCAUUGCAUCUGCAAAGAUCUUAUUUCCAAGUAUGUUCACAUUUUGAGGUACUUAGGGUUACAACUAGAACAUAUCUUGUUCUUAGGGACACAGUUGAACACAUAGCAACCUCUUUUAUUUUCUUCCCUUUGGCGUCUUGCUUUAGGAGGAGUAAUCACCAAUGUGGCUGUUGUGGUCCCUGCAGGCUACUCCGCCAUAGCUGCUGUUGUAAGCAGAAGUGAUCACAUGUGCCAAUCAAGACCUGAUGCCUGGAGUUCCUAAACUAAUGACUCCUGAGCAGACACUUGUCUCCAUCUAGACUAUGUGACUGUCACGCUAAGUGAGCAAAUUCUUCAUUACCCAAUUCCUGUGAACUUUCUCAGCUUUAGCUUUGCCUUCUUUAAAAGGUGCCAGGAAGGUGUAUUUAAGAAAACAAAUCUAUUUCAACUUCAGUGAGAUGUGAACCAUCUCGGGCAUUUAAUAAGCGAAUCAAGGUGAUGGAUAUAGCAUAGGGAUUUCUUUCAUUAACUUUCUAAAAUAUUAAAGGGUUUCCAUAGACACAGCACCAUUACAUUUACAAAUUGGGACAUUGUGUUCUUGCUGUUUCACUACUCAUUAUAACCAGCCUUGGGCACUUAAUCUCUUAAUGAGCUGUAUUGCCAUGGUGGGAGCAUCCUUACUGAGGUCUUCCAAAGCCCCUAAUUCAACCCCAUUCAGUUUAUCUGUGUAUCUUGUUUAAUUUUAUAACCAGCAGAUUAGCAUGCCACCUGCCAUGCCUACAGGAAACUGGCAGUAUAUUUUAACUAAUUAUUGGUGUACCAGGUGAGUAAUAGAAAUUAUUGUAGGAUUCUGGAUGUUUACAUAAACUUUUACACAUUUCCUGCCUAAGACAGAUAUUUCCUGAAGAAAGAAGGGUGAGGGUCUGGUCUGUGAGAAGGCUGGUUGUCUCGUUCCUGCCUGUUCAAGUCUCUGAGAAUAGUAAUAUCCACAUUUACCCAUGAUUUCUAGGUUACUGUUUGAGUCAUUUGUUUCUGUUUUACAAAACAAUCCAGUAUAAUAACUUACUAUUAAUUAUGAUUCUUUGAGUUUCCCAGUGUCAGUUUUGAAGUUCUGCUGGUCUCACUUGGAGUCUUUUACAUAAUUCCACUAGACUGAAAGACUGUUUGGGAGAUGGUUUUUCACUCUCUGUCUCUCUCCAUAUAGUCUUUAAUUGUUCAAUAGUCUAGCCUGCCUUCCAAAUGGCAUGUCUUCUGGGUUCCAUGACAGUGCACUCUUCUGUCACAUUAUAUCUAUCAAAUCCAGACAUAAUUUCUUCCAAAAUAAAGCAUAAUAUAAGUAAACUCAUCUGUUACCUGAGGAAGGGCAUGAGUGAACCAGGAUAGAACGAAUUGUUGCCUGCCAUAUUUAGAGACUACUUACCUCUAUAUCAAAUACCUGCUAUCCAAUAUUGUUACUGAUUGCAGUUCUUCCUUUCAAUAAAUUAUGAUGUUCUACUCUAUCAAUAAAGGUCCUAUCAGCAGAGCGAAACCGUAAAAUAGUUUGCACUAUUUUAUAUUUAAAAUAAUUAACUCUAACAGAGGAUUGGAGUAAUAAGGGAUUGUCUAGGUAAAAAAAAAAAAAAAAAAAACCUUAAAAACUAGAACUAGCAGAUAAGAAACAUCUUAUAUCCUUAGAAUUGAGUUAAGGUGCCCAAUAAAAAGGCAUCUGCCUCCCCGACCUAGUGAAGCAGAAUAUGAUGACAGCUUCAAAGGAAAGAAGUAUUCUAUUUUUAAUCACUUACACUGGGGCAGACAUUAUGGACAGUGAUGCUAUAUAGUUAUAAUACAUUUUCCUUAUUCAAGUCACUGAGAUUUUUUUGCUAUUAAAAAUUAGAAACAUCAAAGUAUCAAAUAUGAUUAUUCAGGUCAGAACAAAUAUAUUGUAAGAAUGUCACCAAGAAUAAUACAUUUUCAUUCACUCUACUUUAUUGAAACAUGUACAAAUUAUCUCUCCAGGGUUGAAUUGUCUAGAGAUAUUUGCAGCAUCUUGUAUCAGAAAAAAGAGUGACAAGUUUCAUUCCAUUUUUCAUAGAAGGAAGGAUUAUCACAGAGCCAAUGCCCCAAGGCCCUUUGGUUCAGAGACAGCAUUUUCCAAUCAUGUUCUCAACAAGUCUCGAACAUGUUAAUUAAUGUUUGUCUUGAAGAGUUCUUGAAUAAAAACUAGUGGAUAGCUUUCUCACAUAAAUUUAAAAGAUUUUAAGAUAGCAUCUUCAACAAAUCCAAAACUAUAAAAUGUCUUUUGAGUCAUACCUUUUGCUUCAAAAUACUCCUAAUAAAGCACAUAAAUUGACAGACUCCAUUGUUAGUAGAAAGUUUUAUGGCUUCAGAUCACAAUUAAUAUUUUAACAUUCAUAUUUUCACCCAAAGGACAUUUAGUCAUCAUGUUUGACACUAACAAUUUUAUCUUUCUUCUGCUGGUAGUUGUAUGACUCAUUAAAACAAAGUAUAUAAAAUAAUCACAUCUAUACUGAUGACUUAAAUGGGCACCAAAAUAAGUGAGUUAAAAAAAUUCUAUCUUAUGAGAAAAACAUAAAAUAGUUCUUAUGUAAUAUGUAAGAAAUAAUUUCUUAUUGAAUUCAUAGUGAAAAGUACUGCUGGACUACAUCAUCACAAAUAGCAUUAUCCAUUACUAAAAUAUAGAUGCAAUAAUAAUUAGUAACUAUGAUCGUAACAAACUACUUGAAGAACAUGUGGCUUGAAAAUGUCAAAAAAGAUACAAAUGCAACUGAGCAGUAUAGGAAAAGAGUAUUCUUAAAACUCAGCAGAUUGUGGUGGGUAUAUGGCAAUGUUUUGAAGAUAAAGGAUGUAGUUGUCAUUCUGGUUAUCUGAGAAAACAGAGAUUAUCAUAUCCAAAGAAUAAAUACAAAUGAAAAGGUUUAAUAUUGCAUUUGGAAUUGUUUUUAUUUUUCAAAACUGAUGAUAGAAUAAAAUAUUUUUACAAAAUAUACAUCUGCAAAUGUUUUUACCUGGGACAAUGAGCCUUGACAGAAUAACAUCUAGAACAGCUAACCCACAAUAACUUACGUAAAAUUGUCGAAAUGUUAUAUUGAGUAAAAUUAAUAGAAGAGUCAAGUAUUAUAUUUUAAUUUUCAAUAUCCUGAUGGAAAUAAUUAUGUGCAAAAUAUCAACGAAAUAGGGAAAGUAAAUAAGAAUGUUUUAAAUAUAUAUAUACACCCAAAAUGGAAAACCGACUUAACAGAUUUUUCUUUAAAAAUACAUUUUCUAUGAAGAUUCAUCAAUUCUACAGAAAGUGAUAGACCUCUAAUAGAAAUAUUUGGUUUUAAACACCACAUGUUCUCACUCAUAGGUGGGAAUUGAACACUGAGAACACUUGGACACAGGGCAGGGAACAUCACACUCAGGGCCUGUUGGGGGAUGGGGGGCAAGGGGAGGAAUAGCAUUAGGAGAAAUACCUAAUGUAAAUGAUGAGUUAAUGGGUGCAGCAAACCAACAUGGCACAUGUAUACCUAUGUAUCAAACCUGCACGUUGUGCACAUGUACCCUAGAACUUAAAGUAUAAUAAAAAAAGAAAUACUUGGUUUCAUAAGGAAAACAUCAAAAUAAUCAAAAGAAAUUAUUAAAAUUAAACUAUUCUUGCGUGGCAGUGCUAGUCCAAUGGAGUUGAAGUGGCAAAGUCUACAUUUCCUGGGUACAGCUAGAAAGACACUGUUCAGGGAACAAUUAGAUUGUAACCAGCUAAAGAGAAACCAGGAUGUUAAAUUUGGCUAUUCUAGCAAAGAAGCAUUCAGGAAAAUAAAGAAGCAAUUAUCCAUGAGCUGAGUUCCAGGCUUUUUUUUGCACAGUUUUUGUAUUCGCAUAAUGAAUGAACAGCAUGGUCACGAGCAUUUUUAAGUGCCUUAGGAUGGGACUGGCAUCCAGCCAGUAAAUCCUGCAAAUUCAAUUCUGAGGAGAAUAAAAAAGAAAUACAGGAACAUAGAGUGAGAGUUGUAUUUUGUAUUUCCUUUGUCCCUUUUGCACAGUUUCAGAAUGCAUUGACAAAUCAGUUUCUGUAGCAAUGGGAUUCAGAUUCUGGAUUUUUUUUUGAAGAGAACAUAAGCUUCUGAGGCUAGAGGUAGAGAACGACCUCCAGUGGCUGGUGUCAAAAGAAGAGAACAGCCAAUAAAUUAUAUUUGUCCUAGAUCUGACAACCCAUGUAGAAUUACAUUGGUACAGAACUAACCAGUACCCUGUUCAUGUCGAAGAUGUUUCAGAACAUAAAUAUAGUUCUUAUGUAAUAUGUAAGAACACCCCCCCAAUACGUGACCCUAAUUAUGACUAUUAUAAUCUAGCAGAUCUCACUAAGUAUAUUCCAAUGGCUAUACGCAGUCUUAGAAUUGAACACACAGAGCACACCAUUGUGUUGCCGAUGGCAUAAAAAAUUGAAGAAACUCCAAGAUGACCGGAACUCAGAAGUCUGCAGUCAUAGUAAGUGAAAUGACAAAAAAAAGUAGGGAACAGUUAGAUUUCUUGGGUAAAGGCUGAACAAUCUACUGAUGCAAGAAACGGAGGAGUUUCCUCUUAGGACUUGAGAAGACUCAUUGAUAGAAAAAGGACUCCUCUGUAAAAAUGAGCAGAUAGUGUUUGAUAUAAGGCAAUGAUUUGACUGUAUGAUGGGUGCCUUGAUCAGGUUUGGAGGUAAUAAUUUGCAUGGCAACCUAAUAUAUACCGUCAGGUAAAACCUCCUGAAAAUUACAUGAAUAACACCAGAUAGCACAUGUGUCCUAUUUUGAUACAUACCCUGGUCCUGCUGAGAUUGUGCCUUUGCUAUGAAGCAAGGCCUCUUUGAAGCACAUUAUUGUACUUAGACAAGGCCCUGCAUUCUAGAGAAAGAGCCAAGCUGGGAAAAAAGAUUUUGUACACGCUCAAAGAAUGAAUGUCCAUUUGAGAGUAUAAACUAGUUGCCAUGUCUGCCAAUUGCCAGCCACCACCAUAUCCUUAGAAACCAUGCUAUUACCAUGUUUCAGUGUACACCAAAAGAAAUCUAGAGUAGGAACUGGCUUCCUCCCUCACUUGUGCAUUUGUCCGUUGCACAUUCUAUUAAGUAGGUUUAAUAGUGCUUUAGUAACUUACAGAGAAAUUGUGGCAAAACUCUCCUGUUAUUUUUGUUAAUCAAAAUUUGUAACUUCCCCUCUAAGAGAGUCACGCAUGAGUCCAUGGGCCAUGAAUAGUAACAGAUUUUGAGUUAUAAGCAUAAUGCUGAACUAAAAAUGAUUCAUCAGCUGUAGAACUCACCCAUUUUGUGUAGAGAAAGUUUGCUUUGUUCAAAGUAUUGCUUUAGGGAAAGUUCUUAAUAAGAACACGCCUUGCUUUUCCACAACAAACAUUUCUUGAUGGAUCUGUUACACAAAUUAUUCAGAUAUACAAGUUUUGUUUUGCUUUGUUUUUAAAAAAUAUAGUUCAAAAUUAUUGCUAGGGCUAAACCCUUGUUCCACAUUUUUUAUCUCAUGCAUUUUUAAAAGCUGUUUUAAAUUUCUGCCUCCAAUCUCAUUUUAUUUUAUUUUUUCAACUGGGUAAUUGUCUUUGCAGUUUAUGUUUUCUUUCAGAUAUUCUCACAGGGAAACUUCAUCAUUUCUCUAUUAGGGUAUUUUCAGUCACAUUAUGUAUUUCUUUUUCUCUCAUAAUUUGCAGUACUAUCACUGGAUUAAUUUUUUAAAUCACCUUUAGACAAGUGUAAUUUCCAUGCAAGUUUGACAAAGUUCAAUUUGUUUUUUUCUUUUAUUUUUCACAUUUAUAAUAAUUGUGUAAGAAAUCUUUGCCUGCUCAAAACUCACAAAAAUAAUUUUUAGACAUUUUGCAGCUUAACACUUAAUUCAUAGAUAUUUUUCUGAAUUAAUUUAAGUAAUGUCGUAUAUGUCAUGACUUUAAACUUUUCUUUUCUUCCAUGUCCACUUGUCCCAGCAACAUUUGUUGAAAAGAUUUUAUUUUCCCCCAUUGAAUUGACUUGACACCUUUUUUGAAAGUCAGCUCAACAAAUAUCCAUGGCCCGAUUUCUGGAAUCUCUAUGCUGUUUCAUUUAUUUUUAUGUCUGCCCUCACAGCAAUACCACCCAGUACUUGUAACUUUAUACUAAGGCUUGAAAUCACAUGGCAAAAGACCUUCAAAUCUGUUCUUCCUGUGCAAGCAUUUUGGCGCUCCUAGGUUCUUUGAAUGUCUACAUACAUUUUAGAAUCAGCUUGACAAUCUACAAAAAAAGCCUCCCAGGACUCUGAUCCAAACUUCAUUUAAUUUAUAGAUUUGUGACAUCUUACAAUGAGUCUUACAGUCAAUGAAUAUGAUACAUCACUCCAUCUCAUGUUUUCUUUCACUUUUCUCAGAUAUGUAUCACAGUUUUCAGUUUAGAGCUUUUACAAAUGUUACAUUAAAUGUGUCUCCAAGUAUUUUCUGUAUUGGAUGCUAAUGUAAAUUGUAAUUUACUCUGUAUUUUAAUUGUAAUUGUAGGACAUGGAAAGACAGAUUUUUGUAUGAUGGCCAGGUUUCCUAUGAACCCACUACAUUCUUUUUUUUUUUUUU